AUGCUACUUGAAUUUAUGCACAGCCUUCAAGCUAUCAGUUUACCAGGCAUGAACUCCCUUUUUUCAUGGAAAAGUGAGGAGUGCUGUCUAUGGCGUGGCGUCUAUUGCAACAACUUUACAGGAUACGUUGAAAUGCUCGAUUUUAACGACCAACCUCUGGUUGUAGCAGGUACAAUUAGCCCUUCACUGCUUAAACUACAUCAUUUGACUUCUUUAAAUUUCAACAGCAAUGAUUUUAAUGGAAGUCCCAUCCCAGAGUUUUUUGGUUCUUUGAAAAAAUUGAAAUUACUGGAUCUCUCAAAUGCUAAUUUUAGAGGUCCAAUUCCUUCUCUACUUGGAAAUCUUUCAAUGUUGGAGACUCUUAGAUUGGGUGGCAACGAUGGAGUUUUCAAUGUUGGAAAACUUGAGUGGCUUUCCCAUCUUUCUCGUUUGAAAGAGGUUGAUCUCAGUUCCACUAACCUGAGCAAUGCCAAUGAUUGGUGUCAAGUCAUUAGCCACCUUCCUUUGCUCCAAAAACUAAACCUGAUAGAUUGUGAUCUUCCAAGCAUAUCUUCUUCAUCACUUUCCCUUGUCAACUCUUCUACAUCUCUCACCUAUCUCGAUCUCUCUGAUAAUAAUCUCCCUUCUUCUGCCAUAUAUCCAUGGUUGUUUAAUGUUAGCAGCAACCUUGUUUCACUUGACCUCUCAAGUAACCACUUGAAAGGUCCAAUUCCAGAUGCUUUCGGAAAAUGA